AUGCAAAAGUUCAAUACUUUGCUGUCGUUUGACUCGUACUCGAAGACCGACCGCAAGAUCGUUGUCAUCGCUUCCCACCCGACAGUCACCGUCUAUAUCGCGCUGAUUAUACGAAUGCCGUCAACACAAGCCAUGGAUCAACUGGUGAUAAUCCUUGAAAGGCAUCCAUCGAUUGCAUUGAUAUCCAGAGGAAGAUAUUGCAAGAAAACAAGACAAAUGUCUGGAGUAUUGAGAUCAGCUAUGAGUCGGUCGUUCGCCGCCAGACUGUCAUCGAUGGCCACACAUGUGUCCCGAAGACACGCGUCCGGAAUGCCGCUCACCUUCUCGUCUCCCUAUCAGGUGUUUUACGCGGCGGUUGACGUGAAACAAGUGGACGUCCCGUCGUUUAGCGGGAGUUUCGGUAUUUUGCCGAAUCACGUCCCGACUCUCGCUGUCCUCAAACCCGGUGUCGUCUCUGUCUAUGAAAAUGAGGGAACCGUUAAGAAAUUCUUCGUGAGCAGCGGAACCGUUACCAUCAACGAAGACUCGUCGGUACAGGUGUUGGCCGAAGAGGCGGUUCCGGUGGAGAAUCUGGACAGCAGUGCCGCGCGUGAGGCCCUCUCUAAAGCCCAACAGGAGCUGAACUCUGCGUCGGGAGAAGUGGCCAAAGCCGAGGCCAUGAUUGCCGUCGAAGUGAGCGAAGCGUUAGUUCAGGCCUCGCACUAACUCUCUCUCCCCUCUUAUAGUUAUCUAUUAAUUAAUUGUAUCGAUAAUUAUGUCUAAAAUCUCGACAUUUCACACAUUAGUUCACAAGUUAUAUGAUUUUAGAAAUGAAUGAUUAGUCCAAAAGUGUUUUUGAAUUGAAAUUUGAAAUUAAUUUAAAAUAAAUACAAUAAAACGAUUGAAUGAA